GUUUAGUUUCAGAUACCCUCUCAGUUGAUUUCUUUCCCCUGUAGUUUUCUCAUCAAUUGCAGUUCCAUUAACUGCUGUCUCCAAGGAGAGCUUAAUUAAACUUUGAUUGAUUCCUUCAUCAUUUGUAUGGCUUUCUUUUGGUUUCUGCUGGCCUUCAUCAUGGCCUUGGCUGCACCUUUACCAUCUUUAUCCUCUUCUCAUGUGAAAUCCCCUGCCUCUGCACCAGCAUCUCCUCCCAAUCCAAUAUUGCUGCCAAGCUCUCCACAGCCAGCGUCCCCAGACAUUUCUCCUCUUCUGCCUUCUCCAGGUGGUGCAGGGUCCUCUGCUUCUCCGGUGGAGUACCCUUUCGUGCCGACCAUUCCGGCGAGCGCAAGCCCGCCGAACCCGGAUCAGGAGGGUGCACCUGACUCUGCUUCUGCACUUUUGCCAUCUGGGUCUUCUUUGCCUCUUUCAUCAGAGGCAUGUUUUCGCAAUUUAUUAGCAGCUGGUUCUCUCAGUUUAUCUGGGCUUGUGGCAUUCUGGUCAGUGCAGGUUUUUGCAAUGUGAGGAAUCCUACUGUUGCUGGAAGAUCGAUCAUUCAUUUAGUACUAUAUAUAAAUAUAUAUAAUGUUGCAGGUGGUUGUUCUCUUUUAGCUAUAUAUGUGGAAUGAAACUAGUGUUAGUUGUAUUGAUUUUGUGUGCUUAAUUAAGCAAUUUGAAUGUUAUAAAAAGCUUGUCUCGUCUGUGCAAGAAA